AUGAUGGGCAUCGACGAUAAAGAUGAUGAUGGAAAUAAUGAAUAUGUAACAGCAGCGCCAUCAAAUGAUCCGAUUGACACAAAUGUUGUAACUUUACCGUUGAAUAUUAGUGUUUCAUCUCAUCAUCAUUGUGUAGUUUGUCGAGAGAAUGUGAAUUCAACAUGUACCGUUUCUGAUGAAGAUCGAGAUCUUCUAUUUAUGCAAAGCAAUAUUUUUAUUCCAAAAGGUAGUCGAUGUUGUCCAGAUCACGUUGUUGAUGGACGUUUAAUUAAUGAUAAUUUAAAUAAAAUUCGUCCUCGCGACAUUAUGCAAACAUCUUUCUCUGCCACCGAUAUAUUAACAUGGUUGGGCAAAUUUCGAAAUCAUUAUAACUCAAUUCGAUAUUUUGACUUUGAUCCUCCUUUCUCAAUGUCAGAAUCUGAUUGUUACAAUUUAACUGGGAUUUCAAAAGCAAACUUUGACCACCUAGUCAAAUUACUGGCCGAUUCUAACAUUAAAAAUUCAUCUAAUCGUUCAUUUCGUAAUGCAGUUGGACUUUUCCUAACAAAACCUAGGCUAGGCAUUAGCAACAAAGUGCUUACUACCAUUUUUCAAUUUUCGAAUUCUCAAGCUGUUUCUCGUACUCUUGCUGCUGUUCGUCAAGCUAUGUUAACGCACUUCGUACCUCACUAUCUUGGUUUUAAUCACAUUUCUCGUCAAGAAGUGAUUGACAAUCAUUCUUCUCCACUUGCUACUCAAUUAUUAACUGACAAACCAAAUACAGUUGUACUCGUGAUUGACGAUUGGAUUGCUGAACAUGAUCUUGCUGUCGUUGAUCGGGGUUUUAGAGAUAGUACCGGGAUGAUGCGAGCACUAGGUCUUGAUGCAUGUAUGCCGGAUUUUUUAAAUGGUCGGCAUCGAUUCGAUGCACUUGAGGCAAAUCGAUCACGCUUUAUUAGUAAGAUUCGUUGGGUUGUUGAAUCGGCAAAUGGUCGUGUGAAGCAUUUCAAAUGGCUAGAUCAGACCAUUCAAAAUACAACAAUCCCGCAAAUACGUGAUUAUCUUCAAAUUGCCUGUGCUUUAGUUAAUGCCUAUCGUGCUUCAGCAAUUUCUUCUUUUUCUAAUUAUGAUCAAAUUGCUACUAAACUGUUGGCGCAUCUUCAUGAACCAAACUUACUUCGUACACGUCUUAAUAAUGAAGUUCUCCGAUGGUCGAACGAUGAUGCUUCAAAUCUUGUUGGUUUUCCUAUUCUUACAAUUGAUCAAAUUCGAUUAAUCACUGUUGGCAUAUUUCAAUUGAAGCAAGCACGAGCUUAUUCAGAAGAACAUUGUUCAGCCACAGAUUUGAAUAAUCAGGCAGAUUUUCCUCUACAAAUCUGCAAUACAGAUGGUCAACUUAUACGAAUUCGCUUCCAAUCUCGUCAUAGCAAUGCAAAAUUAUAUUAUACUUAUAUUCAAUUUUCCACAGAAGAAAUUCUGAACAGCUGCUGUGAUUAUCCAAUUGGUGACAGGCAAGUUGGUGUAUGUUCACAUCGUGCAGCUGCGAUAUGGUUCUUAGCAUAUUAGCGUCAUCAGUAUGAUAUUUCAAGAAAUCAACCAUCCGGCGCAUACUUGCGUUUACUUGAUGAUAGUGAAUUGAUAGAUGAUUUUGUUGACUCAUCCGAUGAAGAUGAUCUUUUAUAUUCAUUUUCAUGAACAACAAUAACUAAGCGAAUAAAAACUCCUCAUAUCUUUCACGGACACCAUAAUUGACAAACAAAGUCAUAGAGGGGUGUAGUGUAUUUAUCAUAUCUGAUUUUUGACGACUCAAACGUCCAAUUAGUAGCAGGCAUAGAUCUGAACAGCAGUAUAUGUAGAAAUACCACUAUCAACAAUGAGAAACAGCUUCGUUAUCGUAAAACUCAAUCAAAAUACAGGUGAGUAUUACGACAAAAGUCUACGUUAUAUCGCCCUAAAACAAAGUUCAAAUCAGACAUACUGUAUUUGAACUACAAUAAAAUAAAAACAAAACUCCAGAGGAAUUCUCAUGAAAUAUCCACUUAGGAAAUUAUUUACCUCCCUCCAAAAUAAUAAACAUCAUAGAUAUCGGAUACCACUUCUCCAUGCUCCAGCCACAAGAUGGUUGGUAUGCUAUGAGAAAAGAUUACAAGACAGCUUUUUUCCAGCACUUGUUCAGCCAAUGUUACAGCUCUGAAUAAAUAGUAUUCAUGCUGAAAAAAUGGCUUUGGUUCUGAACCAUACAGUGGAGAUCGAAGGUACACAAGGUCCUCUAUACGCUACUAUAGGGCAUAUUUUAGGUGGUAUGUACUUCAUAAAACAUUGAAGGCAGAUUUGUUGCAGGCACUUAUUCGGACACUUUUGGCGCUCUUAAUAAAUGGUAUUGAUGCUGAAAAAAUGGCUUUGGUUCUGAACCAUAUAAUGGAGAUGGAAAGUACACAAGGUCACUAAUAUAGGUCAUUUGGGGGCUCAUCUGACAAACACAUAAAGUAAGGCAAAAGCUUAACUGAUCAAGCUGAUAUUUAUAGGAGUGACUACUAACUAUGAGUCCUAUAAUUACUGAAAGUUUCAUGAAGAACUGAUGAUGUUUUCUAUGGGGGCCAAGAAGAAAGGAAAACGUUCUCCGUCCUUUAUUUUAGAUAGGUUAGUCAUCUUAUACUAGGUGGCUUAUUGAAGGCGAAUUGUCGAAGACUAUUGUUCAUGGCGACAGAUUUGAACCAAAACUUUGUUUCGUACAUUCUUUAAAUCAAAUAGUCCUUGGUGUAGAUAAAGGCAAGAUUGGACGUUACAAGUAUUAUAAAAAAUGAAAAUUGUCUAAAUCCUUUCGUUAAUGUGAUAUGGAAACAAACAGAGACCUUAUGUUCAACAUCGUUUGGC